UGGCUCCGAGUACCCCACCCGCCACCCGCCAGCGCACCUCGUAUCAGUCUUCCUCUCCACCUGGCUCACCCGACUCCCCCAACGCCAGCUCGGGCCAGCCCAGCUCGUCCGAGCUCAAAUCAACGGCCGCAAACCUCCCGCCGUCCCGCCAGACACGGUCGAUGAGGCGUGUAGCCCCACCGUUGGCGAAUAUGCGGUUGCAUAGGCUCAUCUAUAUUCUCGUCCUGCUCGGGGCCCUCAUGGGCGCAUGGUACAGCUACCGACUCGUCCAGUACAAGCGGCAAGUCGGCGGAUGGUGGGAUGUUGCGCUCGGGCGGGGACCGCGACAAGAGCGAGGGACGCAGGAUCAUCAUAGCUCGAUCCCAAGCUCUCGACACAUUGUGAAGAGUUCCCACUCCGAACCGCUGACAGUCGAAGAUCACCUUACCGCCCUCUCGCACCUUCUCGGCGUCCCCACCGCCCCGCUCGCCGCGGCGAUCGCAGGCGCCGUGCGCGCGUACGUGCCACCCGCUAGCUUGUCGUCUCUCGCGGCCAACCCGAGGGAAACGGGCGAGGCGGUUAGGGUGUUGUUGGGAGAGAAAGUGAAGGUGGAUGACGGAUCGGGGGCAGAUGCUGUGGCGAGGGGAAAUGAAGAGGGGAAGAAGGGGGAGGAGGGCGAAGGAAAGGUGCACGGAAAGGACGGGCCUGGGAUUGUGGACGGGGUGGUGCAUGGGGUUGGGAGCUUUGUGGGGAUGGACGAACCUUGAG